GUGGAGGUUCAGGCCGUUGACCGUGACAGCGCAGGGAGGCUACUCUGAAUCUGUAAACUUUUAGCUUUGGGUUGAGAAGAAGCUGACAUUGUGUAGAAGAAUGGUGCGAAAACGAGGCUGUCGACUGUCGAGGGUCCGGGUGGGUUCGGGAGACCCGCCCCAACUGCCAUCUGGGGGGUAUUCUGCCAGUCGAGUCGGAACCCAGUCUGAAUUGGAUCGAUUUUGGAUAUCCUGUAGAGGGAUUACGAUGCCAGCGGAAGCGGCGAAUGUCGUCGUGGCGGAGACUACGGCGCCCCCCAACGGCGAUUUGCAGCCUGAAAACCCUAGCGCUGCCGCUAAGAAAUCUCGGGAGAGCGAGCGGCGUAGGAGGCGGCGGAAACAGAAGAAGAACAAGCAAAAUGAUGCGGCGGGGCAUGAAAACGACGCAACUGCGAAGGACGCCGGCGCGGCCGGUGAUGACAAUUCUAAGGAGAAUUCCGAUCCUCAACAGGCUUUAGAAGCUGUAGAGGUUGAGUAUGUACCAGAAAAGGCUGAACUGGAAGGUGUUUUGGACGAAGAGUUCAGGAGGGUCUUUGAAAAGUUUACUUUUACAGAAAGUGUAGCCUCAGAAGAGAAUGAUAAAAAGGAUGAUACUGUCCCUGAUGCAGUGAAGAAAAAGGCUGAAUCGGAUUCAGAAGAGGAGGAACAAGUUAAUCAACAGAGAGAGAAAGGAAUAUCCAACAAAAAGAAAAAGCUGCAACGAAGAAUGAAGAUUUCUGAAUUGAAAGAAAUUUGUUCACGGCCUGAUAUUAUUGAGGUAUGGGAUGCCACUGCAGCAGAUCCAAAGCUGUUGGUAUAUCUGAAAGCAUAUAGAAAUUCUGUUCCAGUUCCACGACACUGGUCCCAGAAAAGAAAGUAUUUGCAGGGAAAGAGAGGUAUUGAAAAGCAACCUUUCCAACUUCCUGACUUUAUUGCUGCAACUGGAAUUGAGAAAAUCAGACAAGCUUACAUUGAGAAGGAAGAUAGUAAAAAGUUGAAGCAAAAACAACGUGAGAAGAUGCAACCUAAAAUGGGGAAAAUGGACAUUGAUUAUCAGGUACUCCAUGAUGCUUUCUUCAAGCACCAGACUAAACCUAAAUUGACCAAUCAUGGUGACUUAUAUUACGAGGGGAAAGAAUUUGAGGUAAAAUUACGAGAAAUGAAACCAGGGGCAUUGUCACAUGAGUUAAAAGAGGCUCUAGGCAUGCCUGAAGGUGCUCCUCCUCCUUGGCUUAUCAAUAUGCAGAGGUACGGCCCCCCACCUUCAUAUCCGCAUCUGAAAAUUCCUGGCCUUAACGCCCCUAUUCCGCCUGGAGCAAAAUUUGGCUAUGGACAUGGAGACUGGGGCAAGCCACCUGUUGAUGAAUAUGGGCGGCCCCUCUAUGGAGAUGUUUUUGGUGUUUUGCAACAAGAGCAGCCCAAUUAUGAGGACGAACCUGUCGAUAAGGCUAAACAUUGGGGCGACUUGGAAGAAGAAGAGGAGGAAGAGGAAGAAGAGGAGGAGGAAGAAGAAGAAGAAGACGAGGAACAGUUGGAGGAAAAAGAAUUGCAAGAUGGCAUGCAAUCUGUUGAUAGCCUUUCAAGCACUCCCACUGGUGUUGAAACUCCUGAUGUUAUUGAUCUUCGGAAGCAACAGAGGAAAGAACCUGACAGACCUCUCUAUCAAGUACUCGAAGAAAAAGAAGAGAGGAUAACUCCAGGAACCUUGCUUGCACCGAGCCAUACGUACGUGAUCAACACUGGCACGCAAGACAAAUCUGGUGCUAAAAGGGUCGAUUUGCUAAGAGGCCAGAAAGCGGACAAAGUCGACGUCACAUUAGCACCUGAAGAGUUGGAAGUCAUGGAGAAUGUUUUGCCAGCCAAGUACGAGGAGGCAAGAGAAGAAGAGAAGCUGCGCAAUCAGCGCGAGGAUUUCAGCGACAUGGUUGCCGAGAACGAGAACAAGAGGAAACGAAAGAUGCAGGAAAAAGACACCAAAUCGAAAAAGAGUUUCAAGUUUUAGAUGCUGCCAAAAGGUUUAGUUAAUAUGAAUGAAGAAUUGAGAUAUCGAGCUACCAAUAUGUUCUUUCAUUACCUAACUUCAUCCCUUUUUAUCGUUUUGUAACUUUAGGACAUCACUGCUGUAAGAUCACCCAAACACAGACAAUAUAUACAUAUAUGUAUGUAUGUGUGUGUUUUGAAAUUAAUUCGGAAAUAUUCGUAA